AUGCUGUUUGACGUCUUUGGUAAAGCUCAGUAUCGAGGUAAAUGUCCGCAUGUCAUUUGGGAUGAAGUGUCAAUGACGGUAUGCAGACAAGCCAUUCCAGUAUGUGUACGACCUCGGAGACAACUGGGAGCACGACUUGAAGAUUCUGGGCACAGCCCCUUCCACUGACAAGAUCAUCUGUCUCGAUGGUGAAGGCCAUCCCAUUGCCGAGGACGCCGGAUGCCACCAAGGCUGGCAAGACGUUCUGGAUGCCUAUCGUGCCGCAACACCCACCCGAGAGCAGCGCGAGAAGAAGACAUGGUUCGCUCGUCAGGCGUCGAAUGCUGAUCCGCAAGGCUUAGGAGACGGUAGGGACAGGCUAUGGGACAGAGAACGUGUCGCUAGGAGGCUGGAAGCUCUGGCAUAG